AAGAGGGAGAAGGAAAGGGGAGAACAGGAGGAGAGCAGAGUCAGUGCCACUGUGCAGGUUAAAUCGAUUAGGAUUUGAGAAUAAAGUGACUGAGGACCAUGCUGAGGGCUUGUCUGAGAGGAGCUAAUGCCACAGCUCGGAAGAGCCGUGGGAGAAUCCCUCUAACCAAUCUGCAACACUGCCGGCACUACACAUCAGGAGAGAGCGGCGGUGCUUCUAAAGUGGUUGCUGCCGGCUUGGUGACAGUAGGCGGUGGCAUCGGAGGCACAAUACUCUACGCCAAAUGGGACCACAAGUUCAGAGCGGCCGUGGAGAACAAUGUUCCCUACUCUGACUGGCUGCUGAAUCUGGCUUUGGGACCCAUGUCCCAAGAUGGCGGCGUUCCAGUCAAGAAGCAGAUGGAGAAGGCCCAGCCUCCUUCUAUGAUGGAAAAAGACAUGAAGGCAGCCAAAGCCAAGUCGGCGAAGAAGGUGAAGGAGGCAGCAGAAAGUCCAGCCAAAGAGACCAGUCCUGUCCCAGCACCGCCUGCACAGAGCAUAGAGGAGGCUUCAGCAGAGGCGACUCAUAUCAUCUCCGCCAUCGGCGAGGUCCCGUCAGUCCCUGCUCCAUGUGACACAGAGGCAGCAACAGUCAAAGAGGAGUGCAAAGAGUGCCACGACCAUAAGGACACACCAGUGACAGCAGCAGUUCACCCUGCAGCAACAGAGCCAAUGAAAGAACGCCCAGUAGAAGAAGUGGCAGCUAGGCUGGCUCAACAAGACCAGGAGGAACAGGACAUUUUAGCAACUGUAUCAGCCAAUCUUGAAGAGUCACUGGCCAGCUCAGCUAAGGCGACUCUGCAGGCCAUUGGAGCUCAGGAAGCUGCCCUGCAGGCGAUCACACAGCACAUACACAAACUGAAGGAGGCCAUGGAUGAAGAGGUUCCGCCUCAGGAGAAGUCAGCCCAGUGGAAGGAGCUAGAAGCUGCUAUUGCUGAUAGAACCUGCGCUAUGAACGAUGCUGGGACUGCUCUGUUGAAAGCCAAUGAAGCCUUGGACAGUCUCAAGUCAGUGAUCGAGAAGUCAAAAGGGUUGAAGGUCACUGCUGCUCGUCCACUGGUUUUAGCAGCAGAGGAGAACCUCCAUAACAUGGUGGUGGACCUGGAUAAAGUGGUCGCUAAGGUGCGGUCUGCAGAGUCAGAAGCUAAGAUUGUCUCCCAGUACACUGAACUGGUUAAUGAAGCCAAACAACAGUUCCAGAAGGAAGUAAGCAGCCUUACUCCAGAAAUCCAGGCCAACUGGAAGGGACUCACUGGUAAACUGUCAGCGGAUGACCUGAACGCCCUGAUUGCCCAUGCACACCGGCGCAUCGACCAGCUGAAUCGAGAGCUGGCCGAGCAGAGAGUCAGAGAGCAGAUCCACAUCGAUGCAGCGCUGGAGCAGCAGAAGCUGGAGCACCAGACAGCCACGGAGAAAGCCAUCGGCACCAGCCUGCAGCACAUCAAGGAGGAGGCACGGCUGGAGCAGGAGAGGAAGUUGUCUGAGUUAAGGGAAGUGAUGGAGGCAGAGAUGAGGACUCAGCUCCGGCGUCAGGCAGCUGCUCACACAGACCACGUCCAAGAUGUCCUCAAAGUCCAGGAGCAGGAACUGAGAGCCGAUGCAGAGCAGGUCCUGAGCACUAAGAUGCUGGAGCAGGAGACCCGCUACCGUCAGCUGAGCCAGGAGCAGCUGGAUAACUUCACCCUGGAUAUGAACACUGCCUAUGCAAGACUGAAGGGGAUGGAGGAGGCCAUAGACAGCCACGUGAUAGCAGAGGAGGAGGCCCGUAAAGCUCACCAGCUCUGGCUCUCUGUGGAGGCUCUCAGCUACACUCUAAAGACUGCCGAGGCCGAUUCGCCCUCCGUGCCUCUCGAGAGCGCCGCUCAGGUCGUGCGAGACAGCUGCCACGACAGUGACUUCGCCUUGGCUCUGGCGUCGGCUCUUCCGGAAGAAUCCCUCCAGCGCGGCGUGUACAGCGAGGCCUCUCUCCGCGCCCGCUUCAAUUCCCUACGAUCACUGGCUCGCCGGGUCGCCCUCGUUGACGAAUCUCACAACUCCUUGUACCAGUAUUUCUUGUCCUAUCUUCAAGCCGCGCUCCUGUUUGAGGCUAAACAGGAAGCCCCGCCCACCCAGCUCAGUAGUGAGGACCUAGACCCAUUCAGGCUUCUGUCAUAUGCUAGUUACUGCUUAGAGCACGGGGAUCUGGAGUUAGCAGCUAAACUGGUGAACCAGUUGAGAGGAGAGGCUAGGAGAGUGGUGGAGGACUGGCUGACUGAAGCCAGGCUCACUCUGGAAACCAGGCAGGUUAUCAGUUUGCUGUCUGCUUAUGCAAAUGCUGUGGGAUUGGGAACCACGCAGGCUCCAUAGGCGUUCCACCCUCACAGGAACAAUCCACUGAAAAAUCUGGCUUUCGAGGAUCAAGUCGCUGUAAGGCUUUGAAGGGUGGGGGGUGGCAGAGGCUGCGGCCUUCAUCUCUGCGGAUGAAAGCGGCUGCCGUCGGCUCUGAUUCACAACAAGCUGGGGGGAUAGAUUUUCAGUGGCGUAGUCCUUUAAGUUAAGUGAUGGAUGUUUAUUUGUUUUAAAAGCACUAAGUCACUGUGGGUGAUCAUUUGUAAAAAAAUAAUAAUAAUAAUCAAUGCACCCUUUCAGUCUAGUCUUGUCAAUUCAGGCCCACAUAUGUCCGGUCCAGGUAUUUAUUUCUGGAUAAUCUCUUUUUUUUUUUGUGUUAUGGAAAAUGAAUCCUGACAUUGAUUAAAAGAAUGUGUCUGCACUGCAUUUUCUUUUUGUCAGUACUGCACAUGUUACAAUAAAUCAUGAGCAAGA